CUUAAGUAGUCUAAGACACUUUUGAGUCUGAAGAAUAUCACAGCCUCUCUAGAGACUGUGAAGGAUGCUAAGAUGUUCUCCAAGCACCCAGAACCUGGAGAGAUGAGGUUUGUCCUCUGGGAAAAGACACUUCUGCUUGGAUAUGCAUAUAAACCAGUCCUUUUAUGACACCAGUUCAUAUAUUUGAUAGGGAGCUUCAGGGUAAGAAUGUUUUUGCGUUGGGAAAUGAUGUAAUGGUGUGAUGGCUGUCUCCCUCACUGGCCUUAACUCUUCUAUGGACCUUGAAUUCUGGAAUUGUUUUGACCCUCUGAGGUUCUUGGCAGUCUGCUCAUCCCUGUGUCCAUUGAUUUUAUACACAUUUUGUAUAGUGAUACAGCAUCCCUAUUGUUGAGGCUUAGGAUAUUUCUAAGAAAAGACUUUGUUCUGAAGAGCUUUGAAAGGAGAAGAGAUGAUGCUUCCCAGUGGCUCAGUCAUCUAACAAGCAGGGUUCUGUAUAGUGAAUUCAAAAUGGCAGAGUAGGAAUUCUGUCUAUAAAAAAGAGCCUGCCAGGAGCUAGAGCUAAACUAAACUUGGAUUUCAUAUGGACUGUGCAGGGGCUUCUUUUCUGUUUAUUCUACAAAAAGCUAACAGUGGCCCAAAUCAGACCAGGAUCCCCAGGAGUCUCCAUUCUCAUUAAAAUGAUCAGGAAGUGGAGAGAAAAGAGAACAUUACAAAGGUCUGGAAGGAAAAUGACAGAGGAAAACAGCACCACAAAAAUCAAUGAUUUUGUCUUUAUAAGUUUCACCAACAAGCCUGUCUUGAAGAUCACUCUAUUUUUAGUGUUCCUGAUCUUUUAUAUGGCUACAUUGGUGGGCAAUAUAGGAAUGAUUGCUUUAAUAAGGGCCAGCCCCCAACUUCACACUCCAAUGUACUUCUUUCUCAGCAACCUGUCCUUUAUAGAUUCAUUAUUCUCCUCUGUGGUUGCCUGUAAGUCUUUGGCAAAUCUUCUGGAAGAUAAAAAAUCCAUUUCCUUUAUUGGGUGUGCUAUGCAGAUGUACUUUGUCAUAGGCCUGGGAAGUGCAGAGUGCUUUCUCCUUGCUGCAAUGGCCUAUGACCGAUACGUGGCUAUCUGCAAACCCUUGUUGUACCCACUCCUCAUGUCACCCAGAGUCUGCAUUCUUCUGAUGGCAAGUUCCUAUCUCCUGGGCUUUUUGCAUUCCCUUCUCCAUACUGUUUUCACUUUCAGAUUAUCCUUCUGUCAAUCUGAGAUCAACCAUGUAUAUUGUGACAUCACAGCCCUUCUAUUGCUCUCCUGUACUGACACUCGCCUAAAUGAACUUCUGAUUUUUUACGUGGCUGGACUUGUAGAAGCAACUACCGUGCUAAGUGUUUUUCUUUCAUAUAUGUAUAUUCUUGCCAACAUUGUGAGGAUCAGCUCAGCUUCAGGCAGGUUGAAAGCCUUCUCCACUUGCACUUCGCACCUAAUUGCAGUUACCAUCUUCCACGGAGCAAUCCUUAUUUUACAUUUCCGACCAAAAUCAAGUAGUGGAUCUCCCAUCCACGAUGUGAGUGACAAAAUUCUUGCCAUCUUCUACACUAUUAUCAUUCCCUUGCUGAACCCUUUGAUUUACAGUCUGAGAAACAAGGAGGUGAAGGAUGCCUUCAGAUGCUCUUGGACAAGAGCAUGGACACAAUAAAUACAUAUCUUUUUUUAAAAAAACAAACAGCUUUAUUUAUUCAUUCAUCAGAUUUUUAUCCCACUUUAUUACUUUAUAAGUAACUCAAGGUGGUGAAUAUACAUCCCUCCUCUUUUGCCCACAACUAUCUUAUGAGGGACAAUAAGUGCCCAAAAGUCAACCAGCGGGCUUUCAGGCCUAAGGCGGGACUGGCACUCAGAGUCUCCUGAUUUCUAGGCCAGCAUCCUAACCACUACACCAAACUGGCUGUUUUUCCUGAUUUUUUGGGGAGCGGGGGCAUUCUGUUGUAAUUAAACUAUAAGCAAUUUUCCCCCAAAUACAGAAAUAAAUGUUCUCAAUACCUUUCUGUGAGGUAGGUUGGGCUGAAAGACCCUGUCUGCUCUGAAGUCACAUACUGAGCUUCUGUACCUCAUGGAAGAUUUGCACCUAGGUUUUUUUGAGAAGGAAAGUCUUCCAGCGGUCAGUAUAAGGUUCCUGUUCCUCUCCUUUUAGAUUUUUUCCCCCUCUGAGAUUUCCAAUAGUUGGAUUAGCUGAACCACACCAGCAUUUCAGCUACAAAGGGAUAAUACCUUCUGGUGGGUGUAUGUGUAUCAAGAGAAGAAACUGUAUUUGUGUGUUGGAGAGCAAGAAAAAUGAAGGCUGCAGCAUGAGAAAAGGGAAGUAACAGCAGGACAAAGGUAACUUGGUGAGAUGAUUGGAGCCAGGGUGCAAAAUGCAAUGGGUGAUUGAAGGCAGGAAAAAGUGGAGCAGAGGCAGCAGAGUUUGCUGGCCAUGCCAAUUGCAACAACCUUUAGCCCCUCCCACCAAAGACUGAGUGAUUGAGAAAAAAGGGAAUCCCAGCAGCUUCAUCUCAGAUUUGAGAUGUUGAAGGAAAAGUCUUCAUCAAGGUUCAGUC